AUGCAGCCCUGGAGUUUGCUCCUGCCCCUCGGGCUCCUCUGUACGGCCCUGGCCAGCGGACCCGAGUGUGUGAUGGACGAACGCUCCCGCAGGGCGAGGAGGGACACCCGGCACGGCCGCCCCCUCCGCCCCGCCGCCCCGGGCACCUGUGCCACUAGGUUAGCCCGGGGCAGGCGCUCGCUAGCCGGGCUGGAAGCUCCGCGCGUCCCCCGCAGGAGGCAGCAGCGGGAGGCGCGGGCCGAGGAGCGCGCCGAGGAGCGGGCCGAGGAGCGGGCCGAGGAGCGGGCCGAGGAGCGGGACUCCCUCGUCGCCCACCGGGCGCUCUAUUUCAGAGGACGAGGCGAUCAGCUGCGGCUCAAAGCGGAUAGCGAGCUGCCCAGGGACGCCUUCACCCUGCAAGUGUGGCUGCGAGCCGAGGGAGGGCAGAGAUCGCCAGCUGUCAUCGCAGGACUCUAUGACAAGUGCUCUUACACCUCUCGCGACCGAGGCUGGGUUCUGGGGAUUCACACCAUCAGUGACCAGAGGAAUAGAGAUCCCCGCUAUUUCUUCUCACUGAAGACAGACCGUGCUCGCAAAGUGACCACCAUCAACGCUCAUCGCAGCUACCUCCCCAACCAGUGGGUUCACUUAGCUGCCACCUACGAUGGACGCCAGAUGAAACUCUAUGUGAAUGGUGCCCAGGUGGCCACCAGCACGGAGCAAGUAGGUGGCAUCUUCAGCCCCUUGACCUUGAAGUGUAAAGUCCUCAUGAUUGGUGGGAAUGCCCUAAACCAGAACUAUCGAGGCUACCUAGAACACCUGAGUCUUUGGAAGAUGGCUCGAUCUCAGAAGGAGAUCUUGAUGGAUAUGGGACAGGCCAUCCAUGGGCUAGACACCCCUCUACCUCAGUUAGUCCUUCAGGAGAGCUUGGAGAAUGUGAAAACCACAUGGUCUCCCAUGAAGGAUGGCACCAGUCCUCAGGUAGAACUCAGCUACCACCACAGCUUCUUGUUGGAUACUAGCCUAGAGCCUCCUCCCUGCGGGCAGACCUUGUGUGACAACACAGAGGUGAUCACCAGUUACAACCAACUUCCAAGCUUCCGUGGCCACAAGUUGGUGCGCUAUCGAGUGGUGAAUCUAUAUGAUGACUUCCACCAAAAUCCCACAGUCAGCCAGCAGCAGAUAGCCUUCCAACACCAGCACCUGACUGAGGCCUUCGAACGUUACAACAUCACGUGGCAGCUGGAGGUGCUGGAGGUGAAGAACUCCUCCUUGCGCCACCGCCUCAUCCUGGCAAACUGUGACAUCAGCAAGAUCGGGGAUGAGAGCUGUGACCCAGAAUGCAAUCAUACCCUGACAGGUUUCGAUGGUGGGGACUGUAGGUACGUUAACCACGCCACCUUCAACAAGAAGAAGCAGAACGGCGUAUGUGACAUGGAUUGUAACUACGAGAGAUAUAACUUUGAUGGUGGGGAGUGCUGUAACCCUGAGAUUUCCGAUGUUACCAAGACAUGUUUUGACCCAGAUUCUCCAAACAGAGCCUAUUUAGAUGUCAACGAACUGAAGAACAUACUCAAACUAGAUGGAUCUACACACCUCAACAUCUUCUUUGCAAACUCCUCUGAGGAGGAGCUGGCAGGAGUAGCAACCUGGCCUUGGGACAAGGAGGCCCUUAUGCAUUUAGGAGGCAUUGUGCUGAACCCAUCGUUUUAUGGUAUCCCCGGCCACACACACACAAUGAUCCAUGAGAUUGGCCACAGCCUGGGCCUCUACCAUGUUUUCCGAGGCAUCUCAGAAAUCCAGUCCUGCAGUGACCCGUGCAUGGAGACAGAACCUUCCUUCGAGACUGGAGACCUGUGCAGUGACACCAAUCCAGCACCAAAACACAAGCUCUGUGGAGACCCUGGGCCAGGGAAUGACACUUGUGGCUUUCAUAACUUCCUCAACACCCCUUUCAACAACUUCAUGAGCUAUGCAGAUGACGACUGUACUGAUUCCUUCACGCCCAAUCAAGUCGCUAGAAUGCACUGCUAUUUGGAUCUGGUAUAUCAGAGCUGGCAGCCGGCCAAGAAGCCUGCACCCAUCGCCCUAGCCCCACAGAUUGUUGAUCGGAUACCAACGUCAGUCACCCUGGAGUGGUUCCCGCCCAUCGAUGGCCAUUUCUUUGAAAGAGAAGUGGGAUCAGCAUGUGACCAUUGUCUGGAAGGAAGAGUCCUGGUUCAGUAUGCCUUCAAUGCCUCAUCACCCAUGCCAUGUGAUCCUUCAGGGCACUGGAGCCCACGAGAAGCUGAAGGCCACCCAGAUGUGGAGCAGCCUUGCAAAUCCAGCGUUCGGACUUGGAGUCCGAAUUCCGCCGUCAACCCGCACACAGUGCCCCCAGCCUGCCCAGAGCCUCAGGGCUGCUACCUGGAGUUGGAAUUCCACUACCCCUUGAUCCCCGAGUCUCUCACCAUCUGGGUGACAUUCAUCUCUUCAGACUGGGACACCAUUGGGGCCGUGAACGACAUCAAACUGCUGAUGGUCAGUGGGAGAAACCUUUCCCUGGGGCCCCAGAAUGUCUUCUGUGACAUCCCGUUGACCAUCAGGCUCCAGAACGUAGGAGAGGAAGUGCAUGGCAUCCAGAUCUACACCCUGGAUGAGCACCUGGAGAUUGAUGCCGCCAUGCUGAGCUCGGUCCCGGACAGCCCACUGUGCACAACCUGCAAGCCCAUCAAAUACAAGGUCCUGCGAGAGCCGCCUUUCGCAACCGGCACACCAUUCAUCAUUUCAAACCUUAACAGGAGAUAUGUAGACACGGAGCUGAGAAUUGGGAGCGAGUACAAGUAUCAGGUUGUCACCAUUUCUGGGUCAGAGGAAAGUGAGCCAUCUCCCACGUCCAUUUAUGUUCAUGGAAGUGGAUACUGUGGAGAUGGCGUUAUACAGACAGAUCGAGGAGAAGAAUGUGAUGAUAAGAACAAAAUCAACGGGGAUGGCUGCUCUCUCUUUUGCAGACAAGAACUAUCCUUCAACUGCAUUGGUGAACCCAGCAGAUGCUAUUUCCAUGAUGGUGAUGGGGUCUGUGAAGAAUUUGAGCAAAUGACCAGCAUUAAAGACUGUGGUGUCUACACGCCAAAAGGCUUUUUAGACCAGUGGGCAUCCAAUACUUCGGUUUCUCAUCAAAGUGACCAACAAUGUCCAGGGUGGGUGGUGAUUGGCCAGCCAGCAGCGACACAGGUGUGCCGAACCAAGGUGAUGGAUUUGAGUGAUGGCGUAUCUCAGUAUGCUUGGUAUCCAUGCACAGCUAACUACCAGUAUUCCCAUAUGACUCAGACUAUUUUCUGGCUCAAGGCUUACUUCUCACAGCCAAUGGUAGCUGCUGCUGUCAUUGUCCACUUGGUCACGGAUGGAACUGACUAUCUGGAUCAGAAACAGGAAACCAUCAGUGUCCAGCUGUUUGACACUAAAGACCAAAGUCAUGAUCUGGGUGUCCACGUUCUGAGCUGCAGGAACAAUCCCCUAAUUAUCCCAGUGAUUCAUGACCUCAGCCACCCCUUCUACCACAGCCAGGCUGUCCUCGUGAGCUUCAGCUCCCAGCUCGUGGCCAUCUCCGGUGUGGCCCUGCGCUCCUUCUACAACUUUGACCCCAUCACCAUCAGCAGCUGUCAGAGAGGGGAGACCUACAGCCCAACUGAGCAGAGCUGUGUCCACUUUUCCUGUGAAGCCACUGACUGCCAAGAGCUGGAUAUCAAGAACGCCUCUCUGAACUGUACCAACAGUGGCCCCUCCAAUGGUGCGCAGUGCACUGUCAUGUGCAAAAAGGGGUACACCCUUCAAAUACAGCAAGAUGAUGACCUCAUCAAAAGCCAGUUGGGCUCCAGCAUCACCAUGACGUGCACAGAUGGGAAAUGGAACAAGCAGGUGGCCUGUGAGCCUGUGGACUGUGGGAUCCCAGAUCAGUACCACGUCUACCCAGCUAUGUUCUCCUGCCUCGAAGGCACCACUUUCGGCAAGAAGUGCUCCUUCCAGUGUCGCCGCCCGGCCCAGCUGAAAGGAAACAACAGUUUUCUGACCUGUAUGGAAGAUGGGCUGUGGUCCUUUCCAGAGGCCCUCUGUGAACUCAUGUGCCUGGCUCCACCUCUCGUCCCCAACGCAGAGCUGCAAACUGCCCGUUGCCGUGAAGACAAGCACAAAGUGGGCUCUUUUUGCAAGUACAAAUGCAAGCCAGGGUACCAUGUUCCGGGAGCCUCACGCAAGUCCAAGAAGCGGGCCUUUAAGACUCAGUGCACCCAAGACGGCAGCUGGCUGGAGGGAACUUGUGUCCCUGUCACCUGUGACCCGCCACCCCCUAAAUUCCACGGACUGUACCAGUGCACCAAUGGGUUCCAGUUCAACAGUGAAUGCAGGAUCAAGUGUGAAGAAAGUGACAGCCAAUUGGGCCGUGCUGCCAAUGUCAUUCACUGCCGGAAGGAUGGCACCUGGAGUGGUUCCUUUCAUGUUUGCAAGGAGAUGCAGGGCCAGUGCUCCCUUCCCAGCCAACUCAACAGCAACCUCAAGCUGCAGUGCCUGGAUGGAUAUGGAAUAGGGGCUGAAUGCGCCACCUCGUGUCUGGAUCACAACAGUGAGUCCAUCAUCCUGCCCGUGAACAUGACUUUCCGAGACAUCCCACACUCGAUGAAUCCCAUGCGCGUUGAGAGAGUUGUCUGCACUGCAGGACUCAAGUGGUAUCCUCAUCCAGCGCUGAUUCACUGUGUCAAAGGCUGUGAGCCUUUCAUGGGAGAUAACUACUGUGAUGCCAUCAACAACCGAGCCUUCUGUAAUUAUGACGGAGGUGACUGCUGUGCCUCAACUGUCAAGACCAAAAAGGUUACACCUUUCCCUAUGUCGUGUGACCUUCAGGGGGAAUGUGCCUGCCGUGACCCCAAAGCCCAGGAGCACAACCGAAAGGAUCUACAAGGCUACACACAAGGCUAGUCGAGGGUGAAGAGGAGGAAGCAAAGAUCAUACAGCCAAAGGCAGGCUCAGAAAGACACCACAUCCCUUUUGGUAUUGUUUUUAUUGUUAGCUGCUCAAUUGAAUGGCAUCUCUGCACCAGGGACCCUUAGAAUUCAACCAGUCUGCCUUUACUUUUACCCAAGGAGCACUCAAAGUGGGGUUUCUAUAUUAAUAAUAAUCAAAAUGACAAAAAAGGUCAAGUCAAGAUGUUGAAAUAGCAAAAGAGCAUGUGCUGUGCAGUUAUGUGCCCACCUGAUUUCAACCCUUUGUACCCAAUUUAAGGUGAGAAACAAGCUAUAUAGCUACAUAAAGGUGUGGCUAUAUAUCAGCAAGUAUAUAUGCCCACUCACAUUUAGCGUGCAUAUCACAGAGUUGAACAAGGGAGAGAUGCAAGCAAGAUCAUGCUUUCCCCUCCAGUCCGCAGCCAUGACACUAUACACAGAAGAAUCUGAGCUCUCAGAGUCAAUGAAGCUGAUGCUGACCGCCAAGUGUUCCCUGCUUGGAGCAUUGGUGAGGGGAAGAAAGACUUCACCCUCUGACUGGGUUCUAAGGCUGGCCCUUGCCAAUGGAAGGGGUGGAGAAGGAAACUCUCUCUUCGGGGCACCAGUGUCAGUCACAUCAGUAACACUCAGCACAGCCACCCUACUCUUCCUGUUUUCAGGCAAAAGGUUGUGUCCCCUCCUCCUCCUCCUCCUCCUCCUUCCACCAGCCCCACCAGUGGAGGAUCCCAGAGAGAUGGGACCUACAAUCUGGGAUGACUGUAAGACAGGGGCUGACAAGAACUGAGGCUUGGCCGGCUCUUCAGGGUGUUGGAGGAUCAGAGGUGAGCGCACCUGGGGGAACCGAGAGGCUUAUCCCACCCUCAACACUUACCGUUGAUGCAUGUCCACUGCUGCUACUCCUGCUGCUGCUAUGUCCCACCCAACUACUUUCCUUACUGUGUCAGGACAGGGUGAAAUCACCCCCUAAACAACCAAACAAUCUGUCUUAUAGUUCACCUACAACCUGCCUUUCACCUCCUCUGGGGAUCCACUUAACACUGGGUUAAAUAAAACGGACAGCGCCAGCUUGAAGACUUCAGAACCGCUGCCUCAAUCCUAUAUUGGCUUUAAAAUGAAAAAUAAAAAAAAGUUCUAUCCUGUUACUUGUUGAGCACAGCGAUUGAGCCAAUUCUGAUAGUGGUGUUGGCUUUAAAGAGGCGAUGAAAGAGAGUUGAGGAGCAAGAGAAAUCCCCAAAUCAUACUAUGGACAUUGACUGACAGCAAAGAUUACCAAGGACAGUGUUAGCAUUUAGAACAACAUUUGUCAGUAUUAAGUCUCCAGGACCCUGGGGAUUGGAGUCGAACAAAUUCCAAGGAUCUUCAAAGAACCUUCUAAAUGGAAGAGCACUGAAGUCUUACCUUGUCCUGUCCCUUCCUUCUGCCCCGCCUCCAGUUUUCCUUCCCUCCACCCAAGUAAACUGGACCUUUCCAAAUAGUUUGGCUAUAGUGGACUUUUCUUUCUACCCUUACAACAUUCAUCAAAUUCUGGAAUUGGCUUCUCAUACAUUGCUCAAUUUCAGUGGAGUAAACACCAUCAAUAGCAUGGCCAACCACUGUUGCUGCUGUUUGAAAAUCUAUUCCAAAUACAUCCGAAAAGACGGGCCAUAAAAGGCUGAGCAUUCGACCCACUUUUUAUGUUCCUGAUGCUGCUGAUGAUGACGGUGAUGAUGGUGAUAGUGAUAAUCAUGAUGAUGACGAUGAACGUUUUGAACUCUUGUCUCCAUCAAAGUAACUUGGAAACUAUUUCCCCUGGUGCUGUUUGGGCCAAGAACCUUCAUAGCAUCAACAGGCUCUUUUCCAUUCUAUGAUGAAUUUCUAUGCUUUAGGGAUCAGGAGGAAGUUGGGAGAAAAGAAUUCAGAUGUUUUGUGAUGGUUUCAGUUCUCUUUUCAUUUGAUUUUCUGAGCUUAAUGCGUUACAGCUUAAGGAAGAUUCCAAUAUAAGGGCUAGGUAGUGUAGCUGAACAAGAAGGAUAUUGACCUCAAAAAAUUAGAAGAUAUUAGGUCUCUUACAGAAGGAAACUUCAGGUAGCUUAUGGGUCUGUGAGAAAGGAGAUGUGGAAGGCUUUCCUGUGCACUACAGAGUGAUAUCCCUUGGCAAAACAUUGCGUUUCUUGUCAUAUUCCAGAGCUCAGACUCUUCCUUAAGCUUCAAUAUAAAGAUGACCAUUUUCUCUCUCCUCCCCCAGCUUAUUCCCCCAAGAAGGAGGCUAAGUCUAACUGCAAUAAGAAAGCAUAUUAAAACCAAAUCAUCUGAAAGUUUUGUAAAUUGGCUGACUUUGGGGAAGCUAUCAAUCAAUCAAUCAGUGGUGUUUUUUGAGUGCUUACUAUGUGUGGAGCACUGUACUAAGUGCUUGGAAGAGUACAACAGAAGCUAUUUAUGCCCCAUGGUUACAAUGCUGGCAGCUAUCAUAGAAUUAUUUCCCAACCCACUCCAGGGUUUUCUGCUACCAGUGAGGAAUGGUGUGUUCAAGUCAUCCCCACCCAGGCUAUGUCGUGAUUCGGAUCCUUGGUUGAUGUGCCUGAUUUCUAGCCCAUAAGCCUUCAGGGGGGUGGGCUGGGGAUGAGGGAGGCAGGUCUAAAGAUCUCGAGGCACCUUUCAUCUCUGCUGGGGGAAAUCUAUUUUAGUUCACCCUUAUCCCUGCUCUCUUUAUCCCUUCAUACUGAUCUCCGUAUGUGGCAGUGGCUCUAGACCUGCUCAGAAGCAUCUGCUUCCUUUCACCCUGCUCAGUAUUCACUAGACCGAGACUCAGCCCUGUCAGCAGCAUGAGGUAUCCCAAUCAAUCAAUCAAUGAUAUUUACUG